AUGAGCGCGUCCUGGGACUCGGAUCUGUCCUCGAUCAUCGAGAAGACCAACAACAACCUCAAGCUUCUGCGUAAGAUCGGCGACAAACCGCAGGUGCGCUCGCCCGAUGUGUCUGUGACUGCUGCAGGCCACCCGUCGGCGCGCCCUCGCGCUUUCGUGGGAGCUCAAGAGGACGCUGGUUCGACAUCUUCGCGUGGCUCGGCUCGUCCUCGUGCCUUUAUCCGUGGCGAUGACGACACGAGCUCCAUGGGCUCUCGCGGGUCUGCACGUCCCAAGGCCUACGUUCGAGGGGACGACGAUACGGGCUCCAUGGGCUCACACACAUCGGCCCGUCCUAAAGCUUUUAUCCGUGCAGACGACGACUCGGGCUCGGUGUCUUCAAGGGCUUCGGCCAGACCCAAGGCGUUCAUCCGGCCUGAUGACGAUGUGGGCUCUGCAUCCUCCAGAGCUUCGGCCCGACCCAAGGCCUUCAUUCGUGCAGAUGAUGACAGCGGCUCCGUGUCGUCGAGAGCUUCGGCCAGGCCCAAGGCCUUUAUCCGAGGAGAUGACGACACCGGCUCCAUGUCUUCGCGCUCUUCUGCUCGUCCCAAGGCUUUUGUCCGCGGUGACGACGACACGGGCUCUAUGAACAGCAGCCAGGGUAUCGGCCGCUCCCGCCUCGACUCUGGUAGUAGCUCCGGCCGCCCUCACGUAGGUAUCGCCGGUGGCGGCGGGUUGACGGCCGCCAUGCUACAGCAACAUCGGGCCACUGCCACUGGUGGCACCGGCCUAGGAAUGGCUGACUUGGGCGCACAGCGCUCGCGCUUCGACCUGGACGAGACGCGCUCCAUGAGCGGCGUGUCGGCCUCCCGUCUCCGACGUCCGCUUGGCGCCAACGGCCGCGUCCCACACGCGCGCGGACUCGGUGCCAGUAUGGGACCGCGUAUUCGUGUGCCUGACGCCGACAUCCCCAGCGACGCCCCGAACCACAUGGUGGACGAGAUCAAGAAGAGUCUGGAGACUCAUUUCGCCUCUCGCAACGGCGCAGUGGACAAGAAAGUGGCCGACUUACGCACAGACGUGGCCGGCCUGACUACCCAGACGUCCUCGCUCAGCUCGCAGAUCUCGGAGCUGCGCGACGCUGUACUCGUGUCGGCUAACAGCAGUCCGUCGAUUAACGCUCCGUCCGCGUCGGACCCCAAGAUCUUUGCCAGUGUCCAAGCCAACGCCGCCGCUAUCGCUCGCCUGGAAGAGCACAGCGCCGACUUGUUGGGUCGUAAAGUGAGUGUGGACCGCGAAUUGACGGAACUCGGCUCUCGAGUCAAAGCGCUGUCGUCUGCGACCAUGAAGAUCCCGACGCUGGAAGACAACGUUGAGGCGCUGGUCGCCAACCGUCAGAAACAGGAGCAGGGAUUGUUCAAGCUUGCAGACAGAGUGCAGCUCAUGCAUCGCCAGAUGGGCAGCUUGGUGGACAUGAAGGCUGUGGAGAAUCUGCUGAGCAUUCGACUCACGCGCGAGUUCCGCGAGAUGGAGGACCGAUUGGCCCAGAACGUGGUCCGCAUGGCCGAGAAGAUGGAGCUGAAGGUGCAGAGCAUGGAGAAGCAGUCGUUCUCGCAGCGCCAGGAGAGUCUGGCCGCGCUCAAGAGCGAUUUGACGGACGAUAUCCAGCGUCUCCAGAGCUCGGCCCUGCGCAAGAGCGACCUGCUGCCGCUCCAGAACGCCCAGACGCAGAGCAAGGAAGACGUGGCCCAGCUCUCGAGCGCACUCGACCGUCAGGAGAAGAAGCUGCAGGACGCCAAGCUGGCCAACGCCGCGCUGCGUGACGAGCUGGCCGAUGCUCGUACUGAGCUGAACAAGGCGCUGCAGAGCCAGCAACGCAGCACUUCGGCCUUGAUGGAGGAAAAACUGGAGCAGAUCACGACCAAGAGCAAGGAGAAGUCCAGCAAGGUCGACGACCAGCUCUCCGAGUUGGCCAAAAAGCAGAAAAAACUCGAGGAAGCCACGAAGACGCUGCAAGAAACAAUGACCCAGGUGAAGGCCGAGGCUGGCCAGCGCUGGAGCCGCAGCUCGGCCGACCGGGAGGAGGAGAACGACAAGCUGCGUCAACGUUUGGCCCGCUCUGUCGCUGAGCUUGAGGCUCUGGCCACAACCAAGGCCGAAGUGGAGCGCCGCUUUACCAGCGAGGAGCAGAAUUUCCAGUCGCGACUAAAGGAGCUGCGUGUGACGUUAACGGAUACGGAGAAACAGAAAGAAGCGCAACGAUUGGAGCUUAUGCAGAAGCUACAGGAGGAAAGCAAGUUAAUGGGCGUCGCACAGGGCAAGAACUCGCUGCUGGAGACCUUGCUGGCCCGUGAAAAGGCCGAGAAUGAGGAGAAGAACGAGCUGGUGCGCAAGUCCAAGAAGGAGGUGACUGAGGUGCGCGAGCAGAUCCGUAACUUGGAGAGCGAGAAGGAGAAGAAGGUCCGCCAACUGACGUCUGAGCUGCAGGCCAAGCAGACGCAGGUGGGGCUGCUGACCAAGACCUUGAAGCGUAUUGAGACGGCCUCGGCCAAGUUGUUGGAUUUGUCCAAGCGUGAGGCGAAGACUGUGCGUCGCGUGAAGGCGACGAAGGAGCACGAGCUGUUCAUUGCGCAGUUGAAGCUCAAGGAAAUGGAGCGCGUGGCGCAGGCUCUCCAGAACGGCGACGAGAUGAAGAAGCAAGCUGCGCUGACCGCGGCUAGCACUGAAGAGCGCAAGGAGCUGGAGAAACUGCUGCUUGAGAGUCAAUUGGAGAAAGACGAGCUGAAGCAGGAGCUGGAGGAGAUGACGGAGGAGUUCAACGCCGCCAAGGAGAGCCAGAAGGUCAUCAUGGAGGACACCAUCACGAAGCUCUCGAGCGACUACGACGACAAGAUCAGCGAGCUGAAGCAGCAGAUCGCAGACAAGGAGCAGGCCAUGCGUCAACUCCGCGACACGCUGGUGGAAAAGAGCAACUUGGACGCGCUUGAAGACGAGCUGGCUGCGCUCAGGGACGAGAAGAACGACUUGCUGGAGCAGAUUCAGCGUGCGCAGAUCGAGCACGAGCGUGUGACACUCAAGACCGAGACGAAUCUCCGUCUGGAGCACGCGACCGAGUUCGCAGCAAUGAAGGCGAAGUUUGAGGAGCGGAUAUUGGAGCUCGAAGGCGCCAAGUCGGAGCUGGAAAAGACCAAGACGACGGUCGCCGAGCUGGAGAAGGAGCUAAAAGAACAGGAGGCUCUGCACCAGCGGGAGGUGGCGACUCGGACGGAUGAGAUCAAGGAGGCUCGCAGUAAGAUUGACGAGUGCACAGCCCAGAUUUUGGACCUUGAAGAGACGAAGGCGCGUCUGGAGGGUGACGUUUCUCAGAUGGAGGCCAACAUUGGCGGUGCGUCCGCUGAGCAAGAAGAGGAGCUGGAGGCGAUCAAGAGUCAGAUGCAGACCGAAGUCGAAAAGCUUCGUGCUGAGCUCGCCCUAGUGUCGAGCACUCUUGAGGAGAAGCAGACACAGCUUAGGGAGGCCAAACUGUCCGACGAAUUCAACCGCCAGCGCCUGGUGGAGAUGGCUAUGGCUCAGGAAGAGAUGCAGAGUCGCUACGUUUCCCAGAUCGACUCGCUCACACUGAAGCUCAACCAGGAGCGUGAGAACUCUCGUGCGCGUGAACAGGACUUGGAGGACACGAUCGACAAGCUGAAUGCUGACGUCAAGACACUGAAGACGGAGUCCAGCAAGGAGCUGGAGGCUGCGCGCUCGGAGCUGACCGACCAGAUGACCGAGUUGACGGCGACUCUGAAGGCGUCGCAGCACCGCGAGCAGCAGUUGCAGUCGCGUCUUAAGCGUAUUCUGGAGGAGCUGGUGCAGGCCGCUAACGCCUCGGGGGAGAGCGAAGUGGCCCAGGACGCAGAGAUGAGCGACGAUGAGGCCAUCACGCACCACCUCGACGCGCUGUACGCGACGCACCGCCGUACUGCGCACGAGCUGGAUCGUCUCCAGGCCGAGUACGAGCUGACUGUGAAGCAGGCGGCCGCCGACAGUGCCACUGCCCAGGAGCUGGACAACCAGGUGAAGGAGCACGAAACGCAGAUCAACGAGCUGGAAUCAGUCGUGGAGCAGCUACGAGAAGAGCUUAAGGAACAGUACCACAAGUCUGCUGUCAUUGCCAAGGGCUCGGACGAGUUCAGCGACGAGAUGGCGACUCUGCGUGAGGAGAAACGCCAACUGGAGCGUCAGCUGCAAGAGGAAGAGAGGGAUCGUGAGAAACGUGAAGUUUCGUACCAGCGGAGAACGGAAAUGAAGGAACGCGAAGUCGAGGAGCUCCGGAACGAGAACAAGACGUUGACGGCAGCUGUGGCUGCUGUCCGUGAGAAGAUUCGCGCGGUUGAGAACGUCAAGUUCAACGACCUGGGCUCGCUGCAGAACAAGCUCAAGGACCUCGAAGAGCGCACGGCAGCGCUCCAGCUGGACGAGAAGAGCGUGGCCAACUUGGAGCAGGACUUCACUGCUACUCGUCACGAAAUUGUGACGCUGACGGCCGAAGUGCAGUCUCUUUACCAGAAGCUAACGGCUUGCUGUGGUAUCGUGGAGUGGAGUGAGCUUCGUGCCAGUGUCUUUGACGAAGAGGAGAAGCUGACUCGCGUGCGCUCGGAGAAUGCUCGUGAGCUGGCCAAGGUCGAGUCUGUGGAGCAGGAAGUACUGACGAAUGCUGAGUUCCUGAACGCUUUGCUAGUCGCGCAUGGAUCGACGGGAGGCGAUGGAGACCUGCUGAAUGAUUUCCGGUGGAUGCAGAAGUACGCGUCGAUCGCCCCCGAGAUUGUGGAGAAGCUCCGGACCGUGGAGACCCGGUUACGAGACGCGGUGCUGGAUGACUCGACUUGGCUGUUCCAGGGAGCGUCAAAGGUCCCCGAGGGUGCUGCGCGACCUCCUAAGUCGCAGAAGUCGGCGGUGGACGGCGCUGCGAUCGCUCUGGCGCUCGAGAAGGCGAGGGAGGAUUACUUUAGUGAGACGUCGGACGGGGCUGACGAAGAAUUGCAGCACGACGUUGAUCAGCCCGAUGUAGAGCAGGAGGGUCUGGCGGCCCAGGAAGGAGAAGGUGCGAGUCUUGCGCAUGUGGAUGUGGAGGAUCAGGGUUCGAUUGGCGCUUUGAGUCAUGAUGACUCUGGUGGAACUUGUGCUGCUGAUGACUUGGUGGUGGCUGAACAUGUUGUGCAUGAUGAGCAGGACAGAAGCCGUGAGAAGCAUUUUGAUGACGAAGAGUUGAGCGUCACGAGCGAGCAGGAUAGGAUUGAUGAGGAUGGACUGGAGUCGCGUGUCGACCGCAAGACCGACGAGACGACCAAUGCGCGGAUCGAGGCGGGCUUUAGUGGCGAUGGCGAGGAUGACGACGACAUGGCUGAAGAAGUGGAGAGGCGGGUGCUGGAGCACUCUAGUAAGCAGGUGAACCCACGUAUUGAUAAUGAAUGUGAUGAUAGUGAUGAAUUUGCUACAACGAUCGUACAUGUCGAGACCGAAGAGCAGUCGGCUGCAGAUGCCGAGGAGGCUGAUGAGCUGGAUCCACUUGAGGAAAGUUCGUUUGAUAAUGCCGUGAUAGCGGCGCUAGAAAGUAGAGAAGCGUACUCGACACCUGAUCUAAUUUCAUCACGCACAAAUCAGAGAUGCGAGGUAGAAGCUGACUCGGAAGCUUACGUGGCGCAAGACGCCAUUACCGAGAGCUCGUUUGACGAAUCGAUGCUGUCAGAUAACGACGAGGCGAACUGCGAUGACGUUCAUCAGGUUGGCUCGUAUAGUGCAUUGCCGAGUGAGCGUGUUUUUCAGAGCAAUAACUCGUUUUUAAGCAUGGAAAGUGGAGCAGAGGUAGUAGAAGGGUCCUCACCAAACAUUGGGCAACUGGAACAAGAUAAUGGAGUAGAAGCGUCGUCAGCGAGUAGGAAUCCUGCUGGACAGUUGGCGGAGGAGCUUGGCGAGCUGAAAGAAUCAGCAACGAGCAAAGAACUGGAGAAGUCAGCACGCGAACAUGAAGAAGAGUCAGCGCCAGAUGAGGCGAGAGGUGAUGAGGACCACGUAGUAACUGAACUAUCAUCGACGGUGAGGAGAAUCCCCUUGGGAGAUUUUGACGGUAAAAGCUGGAAGAAUGCCGAGACCAAGCCUUCUCACCACGUGGAUAACGCGUUGGACGAAUUGUCGGCCAGUGGCGACCGAGACGUUUUAGUUGAGCGCUCCCGGGAGGGUAACGAGUUGGAACAAUCGCCGCAUGAUAGCGAGGACGAUGGUAUUCACACUGAUCGCCGCGAAGCAGUUGUUUUCCGAUCCGAUAUACUGGAGAGCUCGUUCGACCCAGACGUGCAGUCAGAUUUCAAUGACGAAGCUAGUGCAGAGCUAUCAACUCUACCGAUCAAGCGCCAAGAUGAAGCCGAAGACGAGUGGUCUCAAGAGCAGCUCCGAGUAGCAGAGCAUUCUCUGGAUGGAGCGUUAGUACCGGAGGACGAUGAGAAAGCUGCUACCGGUACGCUUGCGUCUGACCCUGCACCACCACUGGCACUUAGCAUCGAGGACGACGAAAAUUCGGUAGAGGAGACGAUGGCUGCGCAAACUCAACCGAUAGCAAGUCUGAAUCGAUUUGGCAUGGGCUCUCGUCGCUUCAACCUCGAAGAAGACGAUGAGAUGGACGAGAUUGAACGCUUGCUACUGGACCAAAUGACGAGUUCGGAGAAGAGUCAAAUGCGUUCAAAGGACGACAACGAGUUCGAAGAAGAUUUGGCUAUCGAUGAGUCAGACAGCAACACGUUGGCGGAUCAGCAUGACGAGGACAGUGCAGCUGCAGAAUUGCCGACAACUGGGAGGAGAUCCGAGCUGUCCGAAUCUUGUGACGAGGCAAAUACGAAAAAUAUAUCGGCUUCAAGCUUCGAGGGCGUGGAAACCAAGCGCCUUCACGAGGAGCAUGCCACGAUAAGAUCGGAGAUUGAAUUGGAUCAAUCAGCAGCAAGUAUCGCGAGUGCCGAAUCGGAAGAAUCGACGCCAAGCGCUGGUAAUAACACCGCAGCAGCAAGCAGUUACGCACAGUACAGUGAAGCCUCUCUUGAAAGAGCCUCAAGGCACACAAACGAUGAUACUCUGGCGUUCCAGAGUGCCGACGACGACACUGAGCCCAAUCCACUCGAGAAUUCAUUCGACGAAGGCAUGCAGUCAGACGGAGCAUCACCAAUUGCACGCCGUUUAGAGGAAGGCGAUAGCUCGGAAGAGGAGACGAUGGCAGUGCAAACCCAGUUGACAUUCUCAGCAAGUCUGAGUCGAUUUGGCACGGGUUCUCGUCGCUCGAAUCUCGAAGAAGACGAUGAAAUGGAUGAGAUUGAACGUUUGCUACUGGACCAAAGUGCGUCCAGUAUGCAAAAGAGACAACAACAGCCUGGUCGAUCCUCUACAAUGGAUGAUGACGAUGAGUUUGGAGAAUCAUCUCUGCAGUCACGAGGCGAAGAAAGUGACGAGUUCGGAGAAGAGUCAAUGCGCUCAAAGGACGACAACGAGUUUGUAGACGUAUCGAAACGGUCGGGUGACGACACAGUCGAUGUGCUAUCGGCUCACGACAAACAACUGUUACCAAGCAGUCUGACGAGACGUAGACUUACAGAAGAAUACGAAGGGAACGAAGUAUCGGAAGAAUUAACGUCAGCUAUGAGGAGGACUCCAUCGGAGGAAUCCGCUGCAAGUCUGAAGAAUGUCGAACACGAGCCUCCUCACGAGGACAAUGAAUUGGAACAAUCUGCAGCAAGUAUUGCGAGUGGCGACUACGCCGAGGAGCUGGAAGAGUCAGCAUCAAGUGUGCAGAGUACUACGCAACGCUACAAAGGCAAAAAUUGUAAUAUUUCAGUAGCCCGAGCCGAUACCGAGCAGUUAGAUGCAAGUAACUCGUUCGAUAACGAUGCGGCUACAGACGAUCUAUACACCUACGCAACCGACCCAUUGCAAGGAUCGGCAUUAAGCGUGGAUAAUGACGGUAGUGAUUUGGAAGAGUCAUCUUCAAGUCUGGCAAGUGGGUCCCGUGGCGAGGACGCUCCUGCUAGAGCCACGCUUGACGACGCCAGUUACACCAAUCGUGACGCAGUGGUUGAAUCCCGACCAGACCCUCUCGAGAGCUCAUUCGACGCAGAUGUGGAACCGGAUGGAGACGACGAGGCUAGAGCAAGUUACGAUACAGAGAUUGCCACACAACCGACGAAGCACCGAGAAGAAGCUGACGAUAAAUGGAGCGACGAGCAGUUACGGCACGCACAUCCUCCGGGUAGGUUUAUGGCCGGGGAAGAAGAGAGCGACGUAGAUGACAACGAGCCUGCUCGUACUCCAGCCAUGACUCUACGAAUGGAGGAAGACGAGAGCUCAGAGGAGACGAGGCCUGUGCAAACUCAACCGACAUUCUCAGCAAGCCUGACGCGAUUGGGCAUGAGCUCUCGUCGCUUAAACCUCGAAGAAGACGAUGAGAUGGACGAGAUUGAACGCUUGCUACUGGACCAAAGAGCGUCCAGUAGGCAAAAGAGGCAGCAGCAGCCUAGACCUGGUGCUAGGGAUGAUGAGGGUGAGUUUGGAGAGUCUUCCGUGCAGUCACGAGACGAUGAGGAGGAUGCGAUUGGUGGAGAUUCCAUUCGUUCACAUGAGGAUGAUAACGAGUGUGGAGGCGUAUUAACUAGGCCGCGGGGCAACGAGUUCGAUGCAAGAUCAAUCCAACACGACGAAGAAAUAGGACGUCAACACGGUGAUCAGGUUACUGGAGGCACUAGACACCAGGUCAGCGAUGACGACGAUGAAGUUGGAGAGGAUGACGCGUUGGAAGCAUCACCCGCCAGAUUCGACGAAGGAGCUAUAGCUGCCAGUUUUGACGAGGAUACCGAGCUGGAACUAGCCGCUGCAGGUAUCCCGAGUAGUCAUCAAGCCGAGGAGAUUACUACUUUUAAAGAAUCGACGUCAAGUAUGCGGAGUGGUGACCAACACGUCACACACGGCAAUGCGUUACAAGACUCAGCUGCGAGGAUGGACACAAUCGAGUUAGCACAUGGCGAGGCAACGAAACCCUCAGUAGAAGACUCAGUUUCAGAUGUUGAGAAGGAUACUGGUCUACACACCGAUGGAGUAGAACACGCUACGUCGAGCUUCGAUACUACCGCAGUAGCGUUUGAAGAAGAUGAGGGUAAUGCUUCGGAAGCGUCCUCCUCAUGUCUGGCAAGUGAGGCACGCGACAACUAUAGCAGAUCUUCCACUGGUAGAACCUCAGACAUACAGCCGCAUGAUAGCGAGGACGAUGGUAUUCACACUGAUCGCCGCGAAGCAGUUGUUUCCCGAUCCGAUAUACUGGAGAGCUCGUUCGACCCAGACGUGCAGUCAGAUUUCAAUGACGAAGCUAGUGCAGAGCUAUCUACUCUACCGAUCAAGCGCCAAGAUGAAGCCGAAGACGAGUGGUCUCAAGAGCAGCUCCGAGUAGCAGAGCAUUCUCUGGAUGGAGCGUUAGUACCGGAGGACGAUGAGAAAGCUGCUACCGGUACACUUGCAUCUGACCCUGCACCACCACUAACACUUAGCAUCGAGGACGACGAAAAUUCGGUUGAGGAGACGAUGGCUGCGCAAAGUCAACCGAUAGCAAGUCUGAAUCGAUUUGGCAUGGGCUCUCGUCGCUUCAACCUCGAAGAAGACGAUGAGAUGGACGAGAUUGAACGCUUGCUACUGGACCAAAGUGCGACCAGUUUGCAAAAGAGGCAGCAACGCUCUGGUCGUUCCUCUACAAUGGAUGAUGAAGAUGAGUUUGGAGAAUCAUCUCUCCAGUCACGGGGCGAUGAAAGUGACGAGUUUAGUGGGAAUUCUAGCUCACGUGAAGAGAACGAACUCGAAGGUGUUUCGACCAGGCAGUGGGACAGUGCCUUUGCUGUGCGGUCGACUCGAAGUAAUGAAGCACGGCAGCAACAAGCAGAAUUAUCUCGAGAAUCACACACCGACGACAUCGAGUUUGGCAAGGAUUCUCUGCGAUUGCGAGCGCACCACGGCGAGGAGGGCGAGACUUUAAUCCGAUCCAGAUCGCACGAGGAAGAAAAAUUCGAAGAAGCUUCGAUUGGAUCACGUGAUGGCGAGCCAGUUGAAGUGGCGAACACCUCCAGGCUGCAUGGGGAAGGCGGGUGGAACUUGCGCGAAACGAACGAGUUGAGUCAGGCAUUAAGCAGCUUGCGAGGCGAACACGAGCUUGCGGAUCGGAUGAAGAUGACGACGACUUUGGCGAGAUGUCGAUCCCGCUCCAGGAAGAAGAGCCAGCAGCUCCUCCUGCACCGUCACGCUUACUAA